AUGUCAACCCAGAGUCAGACAGCUCUCAUUCACAGAUUCAAUGGGAUUCCCUUUACAACUAGGUCAUCACCAGAUCUUCUAAAAUCCUUGGAUGCCUUUGAUGCUAGAGAAGAUGACAUCCUUUUGGUUUCCUAUCCAAAGUCUGGCACUCACUGGCUUGCACAAAUUAUAAUGCAGAUUUACACUCCCAAAGUCACCCUAACAUCACCUAUUGAGUUUGGAGACAUCUCCAGAGUGGAAGAACUGAACAAUCUUUCAUCCAAGAGAAUCAUCCCAACGCACUUGGACUACAACAUGUUACCGUCAAAUUUUAAGGUCAAACAAUGCAAGGCCUUCUACAUCAUCAGAAAUCCAAAAGAUACUGCAGUUUCCAUGUAUCACUACUACAGAGAUAACCCAAAUCUCCCCACCAUAGAUUCAUGGACUGUUUUCCUCGAGCUGUUCUUAAGGGGAGAUGUUGUCUGUGGAUCCUGGUUUGAUCAUUUCUUAAGCUGGGAAGAGCAUAAAAAUGACCGAAACAUCUUAUUUUUAUUCUAUGAAGACAUGAAGAAGGAUCUUCCUAAGGUUGUGAAGAAAAUGAGUGUAUUUCUGGGAGUAAACAUCAGUGACCGUGAAAUCAAAGAGAUUUGUGAGAAGUCGUCAUUCACUGAGAUGAAAAGCAACGUAGAAAAAGAAAACAGUGACCCAAAUCACACCGUUUGUGCACUCACAUCCAAUAGGAAGCUGAUAUUCCGAAAAGGUGCUGUUGGUGACUGGAAAAACCACUUCACUCCAAAAGAAAACAAAAUGUUUGAGGAAAUGUUUAAAAAGAAGAUGAAAUUGAGCGAACUGGCAAAACAUAUCAUAUAUGAAUGCUGA